AUGGCUGACAGAAUUAAACUCAUUGUUCAAAAACGGACGUCAUUGAAAUCACAAAUCACGAAUUUGGCUAAUCUCCUCGACAAAGGCGACACGGAAGACAGUGCUUUGAGACUGCGCAUUAAACGGUUGUCGGAUCAGUUUCACGCGUUCGAGGAUUUCAACGAUGAACUUGCGGUAUUAGACUCAAGCGACGCACACCAGACCGAAUAUGCAAACAUCCAAGAUCGUUUCUACAUACUCGCGAGUCGCGUUGAGGACAAGUUGAACGCGGCGGAUACAGCAAACAAGAUCGAUAACGUAGCGAGUGAUGAAUCGACAGUUAAAAACGCGAACGCCGUGAUAACCACUAAAAGACGCGUUAAAUUGCCCGAGGCUCCUUUACCGACAUUUGACGGCAAGUUCGAAAAUUGGUUGACGUUUAAAAACGCGUUCUUUGACAUGAUAGGCUCGCGUACCGAUCUAACAGACGUCGACAAGUUGCAUUAUUUAAAAUCCGCGUUGACAGGUGAAGCCAGCAACAAGAUUAAAAUAUUCGCGAUCGAUAACGAAAAUUAUGCGAAGGCUUGUGAGCUAUUAGAGCGCGCCUAUGAGGUCAAACGGAUUUUAGUCACGCGUCACAUUUCAAGCAUUGUGAACUUGCCGGUGUUAGAUAGGGAGACUACGGAAGGUCUAACAAAGCUCGCCGACGACGUUCAGCAGCAUGUCGCGUCGUUAAGCACAUUAGGUGUCGCAAUCGGUAGGAAAUGA